CUGUCUGCAGCGAUUCAAGUGCCUGUUUCCCCUCCACCCAUUCCACCGUCUGGGAGGGAGAAACUUUGCUGCCUGUUAUGUAGAUGGCAAAAUGUCACAUGAAGGAUUGAAGGUUUCGUAGGAGUUGUAUGUACCUAGCCAGAUAAAUAGUUUUUAGGUAAUUUGCACAACUUUGCAGCAACUACAUUUCGACGUGACAUUGUUCUGAAACAAAGACAGUAGGUGAAACGAUAAGAGUAAGAUAUGACAUCGUUAACAAGCCAUGUUUAUGUGGAUCAGCGAGAUAAUGCUGAUAUAACACCAUAUGAGAAUGAACGGUUGUCACUUGUUGAUGAAAACCUGUCACAUAUGCCCUAUAAUGUGGUUGACAGUUAUGGAAUACUUUUGAAGAUUCUUGAUCUUACUCGAAAUAAAUUCAAGAAUCUGGACUUCUUGUCAGAAUUCCCUAACCUUACCUCUUUGAUCUUGGACCGUAAUGAGCUGGAUUCAGAAACUAUACUUCCACAUCUGCCAAAUCUCCAGCUUCUUUGGCUGAAUUAUAAUAAGGUAGAUGAAUUAUUCCCAUUCAUACGAAAUCUACAGAGAAGCUGCCCUAAUCUGAGAUUUCUUAGUAUGAUGGGAAAUCCUGCUGCUCCAAGUUACUUGAAUGGUGGAACAGUGUAUGAACAUAUUCAAUACAGAUUGUUUGUAAUAUCCUGGUUUCCUCACCUGAUUCACCUGGAUGAUCGAUACGUGACGAUUCACGAAAAGAAGGAGGCGAACAGAUUAUUCUGUCGACCCUUUCUGGAACGUUUAGCAAUGCGUGGUGGAGUGUUUGAUACUAUCAGUUCAGUACUGCUAGCUAUAGAGAGGUACUUCCACAGAGGCCACAACCGCAGCACUGUCAUUUGAAGUGUGUAUACCAGUAAGUGGAAACUGAAGAUGAUAACAAGUUUUAUUUCACUUAGGGAAAACAUGAUUUGUGAUCCCUCGGUGCUUAUUUGGAGUCCAUUUUCUUUUUAAUGCUAUGCACAAGGCUGUAAAUAAUGAUUCAUUUCUGCAACAAAAGGAAUCUCAGUUGAUGUUUACUGUACUGACCUUAUGUCAAAAAAAAAAAAAUAACAAACAAACU